UGUCACUUCUGUCAGUAGGUCGAAUUUGUCAAAAACAGUCCAAAAAAAUGGUGUCUUGGAGUGCUUUGGGCCGAUCUUUCGGCAUAAACUUGUUGAAAAAUCACGCAAAAACACCUUUUGUGGCCCAAAAUGUGAACUUUUCAAUGACUAAAGCGCUCAAUGGCGCUCACGGACAUCAAACUUUUGCUUUGCAGCCAUCCAGAUGGCAGUGGCACAAAUUCAAGGAUAUGUUCCACUACUAUGCGAUGGUAGGGCUGAUCCCGGUGAGCCUUAUCAUAUUCUACACGAACGUGUUCAUCGGGCCUGCCCAGCUCGAGCCCAUUCCUGAUGGAUACAACCCUAAGUACUGGGAGUACCACCGUCACCCCAUUACUCGCUUCAUCGCUCGAUACCUGCACACCAAUCCCCAGCAGGAAUAUGAAAAGUUCUUGCAUUUUAUUGAUGAAGAAGCUCAAAAGCAAAAGCUAAGAGCCUUAGAAAAUAAAAUCCUUCAGAAGAUGGGUGAGCGCCACGAUUACCAGGCAUACUACUACAGGCCAAUGAUGAACAAAUACCUCAGAAUUAACAAGAAGACCGGUGAUGAGCUCUACGAACGCAUCGGUGAUGACUACAAAGAUUAAACAAAUUUUGAGUCUACAAACCUGUGUUAGUAUAUUUUUAGUAAUCAAGUGAAUUGUUACAUAUUGCUAUGUAGAUAAAUAAAAACUUUUUGAUCGUU